AUCCCUUCUUAAUCCUGCUUCUUCUGCAAAGCAGUUUGUUUUUGUAAGCAAGGGCUUAAAUCAAAUGGUCAAACAUACAUAUCUGGAGAACAAAAAGUUGGAAAAUCUGGAAAGUUAUCUAGUUCAUGCUGAAAAUAAUUAUUUGAACCAUUUUGAAAGUAGGAUUGGAUUGACAUUUGAGUCAAAUAUUUCUGAAAAUCAGAGAUUUAAAAAUGAAGAACAAAGUGCUAUGUGGGAUCCACUUGAGAGGUCCUUCACCAAGGAGUUGACUCUACAAAAUUACCAGAACAUAUUCAAUGAAAACAGAAUUGCUCAAUGUAGCGAAUCUGCAAAAAAAUUUAACCAGUGUUCAAAUGUUUAUAAACCUGUGAGGACUCAUUUUCCAGAGAACCAUUUUAAUUUUGAUAAAUUUGAGGAAGUCUUUUAUCAAAGCUCCAACCUUAUUAUAUAUAAGAGUAUCCCUUUGGGAGAGAAUCCUUAUAAAUAUAAUGAAUAUGGGAAAUCUGUUAACCAGUCCUCCAAUGUUGGUGAUUAUCAGAGAAUUCACAUGGAAAAAAACUCAUACAGAUGUAAUAAACCUGGGGACAUGUUUAGACAAGCAUCAGGACUAAACAUGCAUAACACAGCCGCUACUGGACAGAAAACUUACAUUUGUGAAGAAUGUGGCAAAGCCUUUGACUGGCACUCAACACUAUCUCAACAUCAACCAAUGCCUACUAGAGAGAAACCUUACCAAUGUAAAGAAUGUGGCAAGUCCUUUAACCAGCUCUCAAUGCUUACUCGACAUCAAAGAAUUCAUACUGGAGAGAAACCUUACCAAUGUGAAGAAUGUGGCAAGGCCUUUAACCAGCACUCAAACCUUACUCAGCAUCACAGAAUUCAUACUGGAGAGAAACCAUACAAAUGUAAAGAAUGUGGCCAGGCCUUUAACCAUCACUCAAGCCUUACUCAACAUCACAGAAUUCACAGUGGUGAAAAACCUUACAUAUGUAAAGAAUGUGGCAAGGCCUUUAACCUGCAUUCAAACCUUACUCAACAUCACAGAAUUCAUACUGGAGAGAAACCUUACAUAUGUAAAGAAUGUGGCAAGGCCUUUAACCGGCACUCAUACCUUAUUCGACAUCACAGAAUUCAUACUGGAGAGAGACCUUACCAAUGUAAAGAAUGUGGCAAGGCCUUUAACCAGCACUCAAAGCUUACCGAACAUCACAGAAUUCAUACUGGAGAGAGACCUUUCGUAUGCAAAGAAUGUGGAAAGGCCUUUAACCGGCACUCACACCUGACUCGACAUCACAGAAUUCAUACUGGAGAGAGACCUUACAUAUGUAAGGAAUGUGGCCAUGCCUUUAUCCAGCACUCACACCUGCGUCAACAUCACAGAACUCAUACUUGAUGAUGGAAACCUUACCUAAGUAAAGAAUGUGGGAAGGCCUUUAAUCACUGUUCAACCUUUACUC